AUAUUGAUGAUAUCAUUCUUUGUUUAUUAUUUCAGAUAAGAGUGAUCGUUCUGGAAAGUUUGAGUUACGAAAUGGGAGUAGUACUCUUAGUAGAUAUGCUAAUGAGGAUAUUUCUGUAACAGCUCUUAAAUAUUUCAAAUCUUUGGCCACUGUUGCUGUUGGAUUUGAAUUUGGUGAGAUUCAACUUUGGGAGCUGCAUCAUUUAACUCUACUAUUUACCAUUUCUAAUGAGUCUCAAAAUCAACCAGUUGUCAACUUUGCUUUUCAAGAACCAGAAAAUGAUCCAAGGCAUUUUUGUUAUCUUUGGGUUUUUAAAGGUCACAGCGCAGAAGAAGAUAAACCUCCUGAAUCUGUGUCCAGUGCAACUAUGUAUUCCAUGGCAUUUCAUCAGCGAGAAUAUGUUAAAGCAUUUGGUGCUCUUUAUACAGAGCUACAAGUAUGUAGUAAAAGAUUUGAACUGCCUUUUACAAAUGAUGUGUAUCAUAACUCACUCAUCAAUCCCUCUAUGAAUAGUCGGCUUUUGUCUUGCCAGGUUGUAAGUCAGAAAGAUUUAUCACAUUCUCAUGAAAAUAUCUCAGGAAAUGAAAGUUGUGAAGCAGCAGAGGAAAUGAGCUUGUGCUUCAUUACCUGGGAAGUAUGGAACCAAAUUGGAAGUUAUCCAUCAUCCUAUCAUUUUGCUGUGUUUGAUUUAAAUCAAUGGUAUCAAGCUCAAAUGCCAUGCAGUUUUAGGUGUGACCCUUCCUCCUUAAGUCCAUAUAUUGGUAUAUUUUCUCUUGAAGAAACCAAAAGAGUUCUGGGUAAAAAAGAGCUUCUAGGUGUAUUCACUGUUCCCCAAAGCAUAAAAAAAUUUAAAUCCCUGCAAGUGUCAGAAGAAUUUUUCUAUCCUUCUUCCUUAGGAUUCCAGACCCUUAGUUUCUCUCAUCAUGGGUUAUGUAAAACUACUUAUUUUGGCUUUCAAAAGCAUCUUUUGUUUGAAAUGGCUGAUCUUGGUCCCAAAGUUUUGAUAAGUCCUAAAGAGGUGUUCUCUUCUCUAGUUAAAUGUGGCUUGGUGUCUGAUACUCAUGGAGGAAUAGAUAAGACUCCUUUAGUUUCACAAAGAGAGUCAAUAUUGCAACUUGCUUUAGAAUAUCACUUGCCAUUUUUCUUCAUCAAAUGCCUUAAAGAAUGGCGAUACAGUGAUUCCGUUCACGAGUUUUGCACAUCAAAAGGUCUGUUGAAUUGGGGAUGGAAAAAAGUAUUGGUCAUCAAAAACUCGAUAGAUCGCUUGUGUGGGACACUCUUCAAUUGUUCUGGUAUAGACGUUGAUAAAAGAGCAUUGAAGUCAUUAUAUGCAUAUAGAAGGCAGUUUUAUUUGAUAGAUAAUAUUAUAUCUGGAUAUCAAAGGCAUGUAACUCCAAGAACAGAACAAGGCAUACAAGAUUUACAUUGCAGAAGAGAAGCACUUUCAUGCAUUAAUUUAUACUUACAAGUUUUGUUGUGGUUGCGAUCUGUUCACGUUCUUCCAGAAGUGAAUGAGGAUAAUGCAACAUCUUCAAAUGUUAUCUAUCGAUUUGACGAAAUAAACAAAUCUUAUUCCUGUAGAAGAUCAGCUUUACAAGCUUUGAAUAGUACAAUUGGUGCUACAGAUGUACUCAUGAUUGAUGGAAUUGUCAAAGAAGUUGGUGUAAGUGGCAUUUGGCAGGAAAAAAAUGGAACAGGAAUAUACCCACCUCCGAGCAUCUAUGCAGCAUUAAACACCUAUUUACUGCAUGGAGUUGAUACCAACUGGAAACAUGCUAUUAUCUAUUAUCUACUGCUUGAUCUUAAAAGCUCUGCUGAAAACACUCAGUUCGAAGCAGAAGUUAAAAAGUUCCCAGUAAUAUUCAAUAUGCCGAAAUCUAUAGUGAAAUUAGUUAAAGCAUUUUGGUACUUAGAUCGUAAAGAUUGUAAUGAUGCUAUUAGAAAGAUAUUUGAUCCGGCUGUAAAGUCUUCAGAUAUUUUAAUGUGGCAUCAUCACAGAAUUAUAAAAUCGUGUCUUUAUUAUCGAAAUCCUGAGAAGGCUUUGAAAUACAUCAAUCAUGUGACACCACCUCAAAAUACGAUUGAAGAUAUGAGACUAUACCUAUCUGUUUUGCUUGCAUGUGGUGCUAUUACACAAGCCUUUGAAUACCAAAGGAAGAAGCAAAACCAAGGAUAUGGAAAUGACUUGAUGAAACAUCUAUUUCUUGGAUGCCAAGAAAUGGGAAAAAUGAGAGAAUUGAUGUAUCUGCCUUUAAACAACCUGGAAUCUUCAACACUAGUGCAAUUUCUUUCUGAAAGUGAAAGUGCUAGGGAGCAAGAAACACUUGUCAUCUACCAGCUAUUACAUUGUAAAUUAUUUGAAGCAGAAAAAAAUAAUGAAAAACUUUCUCUCUUACUUAUGAAAAAGAGUCACAGUCCAUCAGAAGCUCUUAUCAGAGAACGUUCUGCAGACAGGAAUGCUUUAGUUGAAUGUCUGUUGGCAGGGGUAUCAAAAACAGAAAGAAACCUAGUCAAUGAAAUAAACAGACUUCCACUUGAAGCUCCAAAAAGAGAAGAAUAUAUCCAACCAUUAUCUGUGUCAGUUAGAUCUAAAACAAUGAGAACAGAGUCCUACUCAGAUUUCUUGAGAUCACUAAUAACUAAAAUGCCUUCAUCAGAACACCCUAAAACUCCAAGAUCUGGAUCUGCUUUUGAAAAUCUUCCGUUCCUUCGUCCAGUUAAUACUCCUGAGAGAAGUGUUAAGAAUACUCCUGCUGUUAGGAAUAUCUGUCUGGCGGUUAAUAAGCGUUCUCUUAUGUCCACUAGUCCUAAUGAAUAUGCCACACCUGCUAAGCGAUCUAGGUUGCUAGAUAAUGCAACUUUCAUGGAAACUCCUUUAUCAAAAAGAAAAGCUCCCAGACAUCUGGCUGGAGAUAUUGCUUCACUUUUGCAGACACCCCCUAUACACCGUAGAGUUUCACUGACUAAAAGUAAUCCUGGAACUCCUAUUGUUAAACCGCAAUCUAUACUGAAAAAAUCUACUGCUGCUGUCAUGGAAACUGAUGCAGACUUUCACAGAGCAGAAACACCACCAAUACUUAUACUAGAGGAAAACUUAGAAGAAGUGAUGCAAGUGGAGGAGAAAGGCUCUGAACAAUUAGAAGCUGAGAGUGAAAGCCAAUCAAAGCAAAUCAGAUUUGAUUUACCUCUUGCUGAUCAAAGUGUUGUUAGUGAAAAUGUAUCCAUCAUUUCUGAAGUAGCAGCUGCUGAUGAAAGUUUUGAAUCUUCACUGUGUUCUUCUCCAGAAAAGCUUGAAACCAGUUGGAAAAAUUCAAUGACUAAUCUGGCUCGUGAACCCCUAUCCAAAAUUUUAAAGCAUUCACCAGCAAUUUCUAUGUGUAGAGGUGAUGUAAAAGACAAUAUUUCAACAUCAGAGGGCAUUCUGUACGAACCAAAAGAGCCUAGCUCAUUGAGGUAUUCCAAAGCUGAAGGCUCCGAUUUGGCUGAUGGGACUGUAACUUCUUCUAAUACUUUAUUCAGUGGCAGUGGAAUAGAAUCUUCUCCUAACUUUGUUAAAGAAUGUGACUCAUAUGUGAAAGAGUUUUCUAAGGAGGCAGUCAAUCAGGACUUCGGCACUCCAGCGUCACAAAGGAAAAACAUAUCUGUUCGCCCACCACUUAGAAAAGAAACAUCACUUUUGGAAACUGAAGCAUCAAAUCAAAAUAUUAUGUGGGAGCAGAAAGAUGAUACAUUAAAUAUACAAGAAAGAUCAACUUCUCUUCCUGAUAAAUCUCCCAAUCAAUCUUCCGCAACUGCUUUUCUAGCAGAUAAUACUAUAGUUGCUGAAGACUCUGAUAAUGAGAUAUUUUAUUCACCAUGUUCUUCAAUUUCUUCUCCUGGAAGUAUCUUGUUAGAUGAAAAAACUCAGAAUUUAAGUUCUGCUAGUUUUGUAAGUUCAAAAAAUGCUUUAGAAGAGAAAAAGCCCGAAAAGUCAAGACAUACUUUUAUUUUUUCAAGAUCUGGAUCAGAUGUCACAAAAACCAGUGCUAUUGAUUCUGACAAUGAAAAUGUUAAAAUGAAAUUGUUCCCAUCUGAUAUGUCCGGUAAUACUUCUACUCAUGCUUUAACCUCAACCUCUCUUUCAAAUACCUCAUCCAUUCAUAAAACAUUUAUAGCUACCAGCAAUACUUCUGGUGUUAUUGGUACAAAAUCAAAAGAAAGUUCUUCCGAAUCAUUUAAUUUAUAUGGAAGUGUAAAUCCAAUGCCGUUUAAAUGCCCUGAAAGCUUUAAACCAUCUCGCAAAACAUUUAUUUUCUCAAGAAGUAAACCUGAAACCAGUACUACAAUUACAGACACAACUGUCAAUGUUCCUCCUGAAAAUAAUCCCAAUAAUGUUUUACCCGAAAAUAGUGCAAUGGAAAAAUCUACAUCUAAUGACAAAGCUGAUGAUUUAAAUAUUCAAAAAUCUCGAAAUACCUUUGUUUUUGCCAAGCCUAAAUCUGAUGACUUAGUGUCAGAUGACCAAGAUAUUGCUUUAAAGGAGCAAAAUCCCAGUGGAACAUUUGUUUUUGCAAAACCUAAGUAUUUAUCAAACGAAGGCGAUCAGCAUAUUGAUUCCAAUAAGCAUAAUUCCAGUAAAAGUUUUGUUUUUAGCCCACCUGAUUCAUCUUUAACAGUUCCUAGCUUUUCUCUCUCUAAUCAAACUUUCCAGAUCAAUAAACCAAAGGCAUCUCGCAAGACCUACGUAUUUACCCGAUCUAAGUCUUCUACCAGCUCUAAAGCUGACGUUACAGCAACUGAUACUUUGUCUACACAAAAUACUGAAAUUCAACCUAAGGUGUUUGAUAGUUUCCUUCAACCUGAACCACUAAACAAGCCAUCUCGGAGAACAUUCGUUUUCACUCGUACAUCCACCAGAACUUCCACUUCAGUUACUGAUUCCAUUAUGAGUGAUACUGUUCUUAAGGAUACUCUUACUGUUGAAUCCAAGGAUAAAAAAGCAUUUCCUGCAGAGGAUGGAGCAAAAAUAAAUAAAACAUUUCUCUCUUCACAGUCUUCUUCUAAGACUGGAGAAUUACCUUCGGCUACCUAUGGGGAGAAAAGUAUAACAGUUUCAAAACCUGGCGUGCAAAGCAAAUCUGAAGUUGAUAUGGAAAUUGAAGUAUUAAGUCCAACCUCUAGUGGUGUUGACUUCUUGCAAGCAUCUGCUGCUGAAACAUACGAAGAAUUUUCUAGUACCCUAUCGAAAAAUACUCCAUACAAAAGUUCUAAAAAUGAAAACGCAAAGAUAGUGAGCAGUCCAUGUGCUCCAACAGAGAUGGUUUCAAAUGCUCCUUCUGAAGCUCCACAAACAGAACUGACUGAAGAGAGGAACAAGCCUUUCCUAACUUCGGCAAAGAAAGAAGCAAAUGUAACACUAACCAGCAGUGCCACAAAAUCAAAGAAGAAAAAGAAAGGUAAAAUUGCAAGGAAAAUAGAGUUUUCAUUUGCUGAACCACAUUCUCCGGCAACUCCUGAAGUUUUGGAAGCUCUUUCGCAAACCCCCGAGCAGCCGAGACCUUUACCGUCCUUCAUGUUCUCGCCACCUUUAACCAGAGGAAGGCUGAGACAGAAAACAUUGGAUGAAACAAUGGGAAGCUCAUUUUCCUCAGUCAUAUCAGAAACUUCUUUCUCAACUUCUGUAAGAAAGCCUCCCAUGGACCCUAUUUUGGAAGGAAUAAUGCAAGAAAAGACUUUACAGACAAAAACAAAAAGAAGUACUAAGAAACAAGCAGUUAAAGGCUCUUCAAGGAAAAAAACUUCUAUAGUUGGAAAUUUUAGGGAAUCAUCGCCAGAUGCUGCAAAUCAAUCACAAUUGCUUCUUGAUGACAGUACUGCUUCAACCUCAAGUGUAAGGAAUUCAUCAGCUAGACAUAGCAUGGUUCUCCGGCAAAUGAGAUCAAAAAAGGCUGAUAUUAGUUUCCUUUAAAAAAACUGAACUGAGUGAUUUUUUUUUUGUAUAUAGUAAUGUAACAAUACAUUUAUAUGAACUGUUUAAACUGAAAUUUUGAGUUUAGUUUUUGUCAAUGAAUGAAUAAAAAUCUCACACAUA